CACCUAUUUCAUGCUAAGCUAUUCAGAGGGCUUUAAUUACUUUGAGACUUCAAAAGGCCAUCUGACGUGAGGGUAUGUUUUCCAUAUUGUGACCAUUUUUCACAUCAUAAUUGCUACUUGGUAUUGCUAAUAACUUAAUGAUUUUAAUCAACCUGAGCUGUAUUCAUUUUUAGGAGUUGUGAAAGACAGUUGGGAAGAUCUCUCGAUAGAGCGAGAAAGAACUGAGCACGUGAACCAAAAUAGUUAUGACAAACAUAUGGAAACGCUUGCACUGAAGGAAAGAGUUGAAACCUUGGAGAGUCAGAUAGCUGCACUUGAACAACAAUGCAGAAGAGAAGAAAAUGAAAAAGAAGAGUUCAGUGAGCAGGUAACAAACUUGCAACUUCAGCUCUCCCACUCUGAAGAAAGGGCAACUGGCUUGAGUGAAGAGCUUCAGCAGUAUCGAACUGACUAUCAGCAAAUUGUUUCUGAAUUGGAUAAACAGAAGACUAUAAAUAAGGAGAAAGAAGAAAAGAUUCUUCAACUAAAAAAGGAAGUAGAAGAUGCCAAACAAAAUAUAAUUGAUAAAGUGUCACAAAUAAAAACAAUGCAGUCCAAAGUAGAUAAGCUAUGUAAAUCUCACUUAGAGUCUCAUGCUAUGGAUUUAGUUGAUCUAAAGGAUUCCUUAGAUUAUGAAAAAGAGGAAUCGGAGACAUCUCAAAUUAAUUCUAUGUAUAUGCAGUCCCAAACGACUUCUAUAGCAGAUCCAAGAUGGGAGAGCUCCUUUCACUACAGUGUUGAAAGCAUUUGGGAAGAAUGCAAAAGUAUUAUUAAGGCUUCCUCGCAGAAAAGUCAGCAGAUCAAAGAACUAGUUCAAGAAGUUGAAAACUUAAAGAAGGGACUCGAGGACAGUGAAAACUGUAAUAAUCAACUAAAAGUAAAACUAAGUGAGAUGACAAAACAAGAUAGUCAGUCCAUAAAGGAAAAGGCUCUUAUGGAUCAGUUAAAAGAGCAAAUCCAAAAGAAAACUCAAGAUUUUGAAAAACGGGCUGCAGAAGAUCAUAGAGUAAUUACACAAUUUGAGGAGGAAGUUACAAGUUACAAGGUAAAAAUAAGAGAACUUGAAUGCCUCUUAGAAGCUUUUCAAAAAAAAGAAGACAGCAUGACAAAGUUAGAAGAAAUACUUAAACAAAAGGAAUCUAUUAUUUUAAAUUUAGAAGCUAAUACAGUAGCUCUGCAAGAAAAAUGUGCUAAUUCAGACCAAAAAAUCAAAGAGUUAUAUAGUCAAGAAGCAAAUUUGAACGAAGAAGUUGUGCAGUUGACAAACAGCUUGGAGAAGAUGAAACUCUCUCUUUGGGAAAAGGAGAAAUAUGAAAACGAGAGAACACAGUCCAUAGAACUGCUAAAUAAAGAUCUCUUGGAUAGUUCUGCCCUUGUACAGAGUUUGAAAAAAGAUUUGCAGAGGAAAGAGGAAGAUUAUGAAGAUUUGAAAGAGAAAUUUUCUGAUGCUAAGAAACAAAUCCAGCAAGUACAAAAAGAGGUGUCCACAAUGCGUUCCGAAGAGAAAUCCCUGAGGAACAAAGUUAAUGAACUUGAAAAAAUCAAAAAACAGUUGAGUGAAGAACUGGAUAUCAAACAGCGUGCUAUCCAGCAAUUUAAAAGGGAGCAGUUGAGUAAUGAGAAGCUGGAAGAAGUCUCCAGACAGUAUGAGAAUACACGUAAAGAACUCAGUGCAAAAGAAAAAAUAAUUGAAGAUAUGCGGAUGACAUUAGAAGAACAAGAGCAGACUCAGAUUGAACAAGAACAAGUACUUGAAGCCAAACUAGAAGAAAACAGCAGAUUAGUUUCAGAAUUGGAAAUGUGGAAGCAGAAAUAUAUGCAGCUGAAUAACCAGAGCAAUACUGAGUGGCAGCCAAAGAUGACCAGAAAUGAUGACACAAACAUAAAUGGAAAUGAGGAAUUAAUAAAGCUGCAGAAAGAACUGAAGGAAAAUGAGGCGAAGUAUCAAACUGACAGAAAAAAGUGGAUGGAAGAAAAAAAAGGACUCAUAGAUCAAGUAAAAGAAGCUGAGAGCCAUCGCAACAGAGAAAUGAAAAAAUUUGCUGAGGACAGAGAGCGUCAUAUAAAGCAGCAAGCCGAAAUUGAAAGACUUGCUGCACAGCUGGUGGAGAAGGACAGCGAUCUUAGUAAGUGGCGUGAAGAGAGAGAUAAAUUAGUAGAAGCUUUGGAAGUACAGCUCAAGACUUUGGCUUCUAAGACCAUACAAAAAGAUAAAGAAAUAGCAGAACUGAAACAGUCUGUCCUAAAGGAUUCGGGAAAGGAUAAUGAAACUGUGAUAGAACUAAGAAAACAGUUGGCUGAUAAAGAGGACUUCAUAAAGGAAUUGAAAAAAUGCAUUAACCAUGAAAGCCUUCAGUUUUCACCAGAAGUACCUUUACAUGAAGAAAGUCAAGAUACAGUGGAUUUACCUGUAAACAAAGAGUAUUUACAGUUUAUGAAGAAACGGAGUGAGAUUAAUCCAAUCACUGGAGACACUGUUCCAAUAAGACAUGAAGUUAAGGAGAAUGAUUCCAACAGUGCUUCUUCAUUAAGUGAAACUGAGGAGCAUUCAGAAACUGUCCUUGACUCUUCUGAAGUGUCCACAGAAAAUGGAAGAACUAGUCGGUUCCCAAAACCAGAGAUGGAAAUCCAGUUCACACCUCUGCAACCAAAUAAGAUGGAAGUAAAGCAUCAGGGCAGUGCCUUACCUGUGACAGUUAAAAUGCUCAAAACAAGAAGCAAAAGGAAGAGUGACGAAAUGGAUGAGGAUUUUGUGAAAAGUGAAAACAAGAAAAAUGAAAAAUCUAUGGCUUUUAGCUCACCUUCUACAAGCAACAAGAAAACGGUGUCUACUACACAGACGUCUAGAAAAGAAUAUUCUCUAAGAAAGCAAGAAUCUACAUCAAACAAAAGGUCAGCUAGAAAAAAGGAUGGAACACUACAAAGGCUUGGAGGCUUUUCUCAGAGUUCUCCUACUAUUAUUCAUUCUAAAGCAAAGAAGCAGAUGGCAACAAUAAGCUCUCCAAAGAGCUCUCCGAAGUCUUCAGAACCAGAAAGUCUCAAAGGAAAUGAGAUCAAGCCCAAACGAGCUAAGAGAAAGCUGUAUUCAACUGACAUUUCCUCCCCUCUAGAUAUCUCUGCUUCUUCAAUUUUUAUAGAACAAAAUGAGAAGGAAAGUGAUCAUCUAAUCAUCAAGCGACGUCUCCGAUCAAAACCAGCUAAAUAAUCUUGCAGAAGCAUGAUUGUACUUCCUAGUCAAGGCAUGCUUUAUUGUAUUAUUUUAGCUGAUUGUAUAUAGGAGGUGAUAGAUACUUUGUCAUGCUACUAAGCUGGUAUAUAGAUAUGUAGAAUAUUCCUGAUGGUUUCACACUUUGACUUAAUUAAAAUUGAAAUAAGCUCAAGAAAG